AUGCGUGAAGGGGCGCGGCUGCGCAGCGCCGGCGGGUUGUCCCAGCGCCCCCCGCCCCCCCUCCAGUCUGUGCGGUCCGGCGGGGACCUUGGGAGCCGAGGAGGAGCCCGCUGCAGCGGCUGCGGGAGGAGGCCCCUGCCUCAGAGGGCUUUACUUUGCAACCUCAACCACAUCCACCUCCAGCAUGUCUCUCUGGGCCUGCACCUGUCCCGCCGUCCUGAGCUACGGGAGGGGCCCUUGAGCACGUCCCCUCCCCCAGGGGACACCGGGGGCAAGGAGAGCCGGGGCCCCUGCAGCGGGGCCCUGGUGGAUGCCAAUUCCAACAGCCCAGCCGUGCCCUGCCGCUGCUGCCAGGAGCACGGGCCAGGCUUGGAAAACCGGCAGGACCCGGCCCAGGAGGAAGAGGGGGCUGCCUCCCCCUCGGACCCGGGCUGCUCCUCCUCGCUCAGCUCCUGCUCAGAUCUUAGCCCUGACGAGACCCCCGUCUCCGUGUACUCGCGGGGCCUCCCUGGCGACGAGCAUGUCCGCCCUCAGCCCAGCAUCACCCCCCUGGAGCAGGGCUCCCCACUGGCUUCCGCAGGCCCUGGCGCCUGCUCCCCGGACAGCUUCUGCUGCUCGCCCGAUUCCUGCUCCGGAGCGUCCUCCCCUCCUGGCCCUGGCCUGGACUCCAACUGCAACGCCCUGACCGCCUGCCUGGAGCCCCCCUCCCCGGGGCUGGAGGAAGAGGACGAGGGUGGGGAGCAGGACCUCCCUGCCUCCGAGCUCCCAGAGGCGGAUGAUGAUGAUGGGAAAACCGACGCUGGGAAGACGGAACCCAGCUGGAAAAUCAACCCUAUCUGGAAAAUUGACACGGAGAAAGCGGAAGCCGGCUGGAGAAUCGCGGAGAACAAUAACUCUAGCUGCAAAAUCAGUGGGCAUAGUAACUCCAGCUGGAAAACGGAACCCGGACAACUCGACUCCGGGCGCAAAACCGCCUCGGGGGUAGCCGACCCCGGCUGGAAAGCAGACGCGGGGAGAGCCGAGGCGGGGUGCAGGCGUGACGUCAGCGAGGAGCCGGCGGCUCGCCGGACCGUCACGUCUUUCCACGAGCUGGCCCAGAAGCGCAAGCGGGGCCCGGGGCUGCCCCUCGCGCCGCAGGUCAAGAAGGACCGCAGCGACUGGCUCAUAGUCUUCUCGCCCGACAGCGAGCUGCCCCCCAGCGGCUCCCUGGGCGGCUCCCCGGCGCCGCCGCGGGAGGUCACCACCUUCAAGGAGCUGCGGUCCCGGAGCCGCGCCCCGCCCCCGCCGCUGCCGCCCCGCGACCCCCCGGCUGGCUGGGCCCUGGUGCCGUCCCGGCCCCCGCCCCCGCCCGUCCCGCCGCGGAGGAGGAAGAACCGGCCCGGGCUGCAGCCCAUCGCCGAGCGGCCGCCCGAGGAGGGCAGGCCGGGCAGCCCCGCGGCUGGAGAGCAGGCCCCGGCCGCCCGGGAGCCCGAGGAGCCGGGCGCGCAGGCCGGCCGUGCGGGAGACCGUCCAGCUGGCUGCCGCCGACAGUGA